CCCCCUCUGCCCCCCUCCCCUCUUGCCGUGACGACGUGUUUUUCUUUUGGUGCUUGCUCUGUUGUUUGCAAUUCGCAUGCUUUUAACAAAAAACUAUGUGACAAAAUUCUUGAAGUAUCUCCAGCGCGCAAGUUAGAGGGUCGCACGCGAAAAUAACAGGGAAUCAAGUGAUGAAAAACAGGUCUCGCCCUACCUUCAAAGGUGGAAGCCCAGCAAUGUUCACCAUGAGGGACAGUCCUACUUCCAGACGUUUGCGGGACAGUAAAGGUCUAUUUCACACUGGAAUAUUUCUUCGGCCACGUAUUGCCACAUCAUUGCAAGGGUUAAUACGCAACAAAACAAUUCAAGAUCGCGCCAAAUUUACUGUGGCCAAGUCUCAGAUACAUCCCAAUGGUCUUUGCGAGAUUGUUGUGAAGAGGCAGGAUCCAAAUGUAUCAACCAAUGCUAUCAUGGAGCUUCUUGAACGCUGCCGUAUGCUUGUUGAAGAACACAUUUUACCAGAGGCUGGGGGAAUGAAUAAUGAUUUGAAUAGCACUAUUGAUGUUUCCGAUACUGAUGAUUCCAUAUGUAUUGUCUCUCCAUCACCCAUUGGCGGAAGGAAGAUAUCAUUCAAAAGAACACUUUCAGUUAGUUCUCCCAUCAGCUCAAGAAAUGUACCUGUGAUCAAUCAACCUGGUAUAGAGCCUCUUGUCAAAAGAUCAAAUCUUAUAAUUAAUGUCAACUCCCAACCUUCAUCAUCCAUCCAAGAUCGGCGAGUACUUUUACAGUCAAAAGACUGUGCAAGUGCUCAGCAUUCACCUAACCGGAAUGUUGCUGAAAGCUCCAAAGCGUCCAUCGGUGGAGAAAACAUUGUUGUUAAGGUCCUAAAUGAUAUGCCAUCCACAUCAUCACAGUGUGAUGAUGCCAAUUCAUCUGUCAUGAUACUAGAUGUCUGUGAAGACGCAGCCCCAAGUGCUCCCACUUGGACAACUUCUCCAGGCUCAAGCUUCCCCUUGAGUAAAAUAAGUCAAAAUUUAGGUAAAAAUCUUGCCAUGGAUGUACAAGCAACAACUUCUCAAGGCUCAAGCUUUCCCUUGGCUAGCAUUAGUCAAAACCUAGGUAAAAAUCUGGCAAUGGAUGUGCAAGUAAACUCAUCUAAAACUCCAUCAAGUGUCAAAUCAGAUCAAGAAAAGAUGACUCAAAGAAGUGAUAUUUGUAGCCCUGGAGAUGAUCUGAUCCGUCGGUUUUCCGAAGUAGUGAAAGAGAACUGUAAACCAAAGGUCUUAACUUCUGUUGAACCUGUUCAAGAUUUUGGUAAUUCAACUGACCAGUCCCAUAGUAGCCCAAUUGGUGGUUUUACAAAUCUUUUGCUUAAAGAAAAAGAGAGAGAAAGUGUGACUCAUACCAAAAUUCCAAAUGUCUCAGAGCAAAAUAUUGAAGCCAAAGAGAAAGCAGGAGGAGAAUUGGUCCAAGUCAACAGAGUAGCUCAAGUAACCGAAAAAUCAGCCCCAAAUGAUGUUCAAACUACUGUGUCUAAUCAGUUGGGAACAGAAAUUGCUAAUUGCCAAGUCGGUGAAAGAGGUGCUGAUAGGGCAAGCAGCAGUGCAAGUGGUGAGCUGAGCUCUGAUGAUGACAUUAUAAUCGAAAAGGAGAUGAAGUCCAAUAAGCCUCCUUCACUGCUUAUUGAAGACAGUGAUGAUGAUGAUGACAUUGCCGUGUGUAAAGUUGUUACCGCUGCAAAGGUGGUUAAUGAACCUAUGCUCAGCAAAAAACAGAAGAAGAAGCUAAAAAAGAGACAGAAUAUGGAGAAAUUAGGAACUUCAAUAGCAUCUACAUCAUCAGGACCAGCCCCAGAGUACACACCUCUGUUUCCCCAAAGAACGAAGCCUAAAACUUCCAACCAGCCUCCAAAUUGGAACAAAGGCCCAGCAGCAUCUACAUCGUCCGGACCAGCUCCAGAUUAUAUACCGUUGUUUUCCUCUUCUCACUCAAGUAUGAGGCCUUCCAGUCAUUCAAACCGACAUCAAAAUUUGAGUAAAACCUCCAAGUUCCAGAAAAUUCAUGAUAAAAAAGAGAAGAAAGCAAAAGCUCUUAGAUCCAAUGCUGUUCAAUCAGGCAAAGUUGAUUCUUCUUCGGAGCAGAAGCAGUCUUCACCCACUGACAGUAAGGAAAAGAAGGAGUUUGGUGGCAAUAUAUUUAAUCCCAAUCCUGAAAUCCCGAAGACAGGCUUGAGACCUGUGGUUAUUGAUGCCAGUAAUGUUGCUAUCGCACAUGGCAGAGGCCCCUUCUCUGUGCGUGGUCUACAAAUAUGCAUUAAGUAUUUCACGGACAGAGGUCACAAGGUUUUUGCAUUUGCCCCCAAAUAUCGCCGUUUCCAUGUUCCCCCUGAAGAAAGAAAAGCUAUGGAUGACCUUGAAAAUCAAGGAAUCCUUAGUUUUACUCCAAGCAGGACCAUGGAAGAUGGACGUAAAGUAGCUUCAUACGAUGACAGAUACAUUGUGCAGCUUGCUGCUGAGCUUGGAGGAGUCAUUAUUUCAACUGACAAUUAUAGAGAUCUUCUCUCUGAGAAUGAAGCCUGGCGUGAGACUAUUGAACAGAGGUUGCUCAUGUUUACAUGGGUUGGAGAUAUUAUCCUUUUUCCAAAUGAUCCUCUUGGACGGAAUGGUCCCCAUCUUCAAGAUUUUCUUCGUUUCCCUGACCCAACUCCUAAAAAGUGAGAUUUAGACUUUCCUUAUCCUUAUGUUUUGUUUUUGGUGGAGACCAAGUCUACAUCAUCUCUCUUUUUCUGUUUCUUCUUCAUGAGUCUGUUCUCAAUUUGUGUUCAAGACUAUGAAUUGUAUUAGGGAGGAAUCUGAAUCAAAGAUGUGGCUGUGACUACUCCUGUUAUAGUCUACCUAUCUUGUUUUGUUUUUUUCUUUUGAGUCCUGGUGAUGUGUCUAAGACUACAAUAAUUGAUAAUUUUAUAAGCUUUGUUUUGCAUCUUUCUAAAGUACAAUAUAAGGAGGCAGUUUUAUAUUUGCCAUUAUUUCUUUAA